AUGGCGGUGAGGAGAUCCUGUACUUCCCUCCAAAAAAUUGCUGUUUUGUGUGCGGUGCUAACGGUCCUUCUGCUAUCCACUAAUAUUUUAUUGAGCUUCGAUGGUGAUGAUGAAACCCCUUUCGAUGAAAAGGGAGAUGUGAACCAAUGGAGUGCAGACUCUGUUGGAAUCGAGGAAACGGAAGAGAAAAUUUUCAAUUUUCUAGAGGUCGAUGAAAAUUGGAAUGAUCGAUAUUCCGAAGAAGAAGUUUACUAUGAUAGAGUUGAUCACAUCUUGAAAAACCUGCACAAGCCAGCAGCAUAUGCAGCCAAGUACAAAUUUCCUAUUAUUAUCUGGUGGACUUCUUUUACACAUGGAAAUGAUAUCAAGAGAUGUAAACUUGGAGAUUGCUAUUUUACAGAGGCACGCAAAUUUAAGACACAUCCAAGGACUCAGGCUUUUCUGUUCUAUGGUACAUAUUUCACUCUAGCAGACCUUCCUUUGCCAAGGCUUGGACACCAUGAAUGGGGCUUGUUCCAUGAAGAAUCUCCAAAAAACAAUCCUCUUCUACAUCAUCAUACUACCAUUGAACUUUUCAACCACACUGCUACAUUUCGUAGAUCAUCAGAUUACCCGUUAAUUACUCAAAUGCUGUCAUCUAUUCCUGAAUUAUUGAAAAAGCCAAAGUUUGACAUCCAUGAAAAGAGCACUAGUGAUCUUGCAUCAGUUGUGUAUGUUCAGAGUGGAUGUAAUCCACCUUCUGACAGAGAUGAAUAUAUAGCACAAUUGAUGAAAUUUAUAAAAAUUGAUUCCUAUGGGGCCUGCUUGCACAAUAAAGAUCUUCCUGAAGCAUUUAAGAGUCCCUUAACCAUGGAUGAUGAUGGUUUCCAUGAUAUUAUUGCAAGGUACAAGUUUACAUUGGCCUUUGAGAAUGCAAUUUGUGAAGACUAUAUAACUGAAAAACUCUGGAGACCUCUUGUCUUAGGGUCUGUGCCAAUUUAUAAAGGGUCACCAAGUGUCCAGGAUUGGAUGCCAAAUAAUCAUUCUAUUAUACAUGUGGAUGAUUUCAAAAGUCCUAAGGAUCUGGCUGAUUUCAUUAAAAAGCUGGACAGAGAUGAUAAAGAAUACGCCAAGUAUUUAGAAUUUAAAGAUAAAGGAGUUACUAACAAGAGACUUUUAUCCAUCAUGGAAAACCGGCCAUGGGGGACAUCCUAUGAGGAAGUGAACUAUGUUACAGGAUUUGAGUGUUUUGUUUGUAAUAGAAUUCAUGAAAAUUUAAAACGCAAAGCUAAAGGGUUAGUGGAAAAUAAGUUUGUUGCCUCUCAAGAACAUUAUGGCUGCCCAAAACCAGAAAAAUACAAUUUUCCUCAUUCAUCUAACCAUGAUAGUGAUGGACAGAGAGAUCUUUGGUGGGAUGAGUAUGAUCAAAGUGUGAGAGAAUCACAAAAAUUGAACCAACUUGUUAAAUCCAACUGGUACUUUUAACACUUUGCAAAGCUUGUGAGCUGAUGCUCCUAGCACUAGGGGGAGUGUUCUGUGUAGAAAUUCCUCACUGCUGUCCCUCACAGUAACACGUAAACUAUGGAGUUAAGAUACUUCUCUGAAAUGUGAUUCACUCAGCUGUCAAACAUGUUGCAUACCUUUCAGGAAACAUAGGCAUUGUUUUAUAGUUUCCAAAAGGUCAUGUCUGUGGGUUGUGAUCAAAGAAUUUAAAUUCAUGUCCUGCCCUUUGACGCCUAAAAUGAUCAAAAUGAUUGACUGCAGCAAGAAACAAAAUUUGGCUGAUCAGAGUUCACACAUUACUGAACACUACUGAAAAGCACAGUAAUUUAAUAUACACUGUUGAGAUAACUGGUGAUGACUCUUGGGAAAAUGAUCAAGGACGUAAUAUUUACCAACUUGAAGGUUCAAAUUUAACAAUUCAACUCUCAGCAUCACCAAAUAGUAAAAUGCAGGGUUGUUAAUUGAAAUCAUAGCUCUUGAAGCUUGGAGUGAAGGAUUGAGAAGAAAUUGCAAGCGGCACUGGUUACACUCUUGAAGGUUUAAGAUUAAUGUGAUGUGAUAAGCAUUAGCUCAUUACACUAUGCGAGUUUGCUUUAUUUUAGGUUGACUUGCUAAUGAUGCUUUUAAUUAAACUCAAAAGUAAAAUUUGAAAUCAGACACAAGAUUAAUUACAAUGGAAAAUUAGUCAGAAUCUUGAUGCAUGGUAACCCCCUAGUUUAGCAGGAAUCUCCUGGAUGAAAUCUUGUAGGUCUCUUAUACAGCUUCCAAAAUCCCCCAGAUACAUUUAAAUGAGGAUAGUAACUCAUUUCCAAAGAAUAAAAGAGUUUCUAUCAAAACCAAUGAUUAAUAUUCAGUUUCCUUUGUCAGUGGGCUCCUAUAUAUUUAAACUUUUGGUCUGUUUUUAAAAAUUUUAGUUUUGGUGGACAAAGACAGUACCUUGUGUCUCCUUACAAUAAUUAUCAAUAAAAUAUGAAGUGAACAA